AUGUUACUCACUGCUUUCACCAUACUUUCGUAUAGUUUAUUGUUUAUUCUUUCUGUUGCUUUUCUAUUUCUACUGCACAGAUAUGUAGUUUAUAGAAAACAUUGUAAAAUGGUUUCACAUAUUCCUGGUCAUUGUCAAUUUGUUCCUCCGCCACUUGUCAAAUUUAUUCCACAAUUUUUACGAGAUGAAAAUUGGAUUACUGACAUGGGUGAUGUUUUUUCAUUGGAUACUUUAUUAAACAGCCAGAAGAAAUUCAAAACAGAUCAUUACAAAAUGGUCUUUGGAUUCUUAAAUGCUCCAAUGAUAAUUAUUGAUAAUCCAAAAAUGGGAAAGGAAAUUGCAACCAAGAAGAAAUUUAAAAAACCAAACAUGUUAAAAUCAGCUCAAGUUGAACUAUUUUCUGGAACUAAUAUUUUUGUAGAAGAUGAAUAUCAUACUUGGUUACAUCAGAGACAAUUAAUGGAUCCAAGUUUUACUCCAGAAAGUUUGAGAAUGGUUGCACAUGUUACUUCUGAAACUGUUCGAAACGAUAUGAUUCCAUUUAUAGAAAGUAAUAGAAAUGGAAAUGAUAUUAUGGGUGAUUUUGCAAAAUUAACAAUGAAUGUUAUUGGAAUUGCUGGAUUUGGUUACAAUUUUGAUACUUUCAAUAAUAAGGAUGAAAAUAGUUUGGAAAAGAAAUCAGCUCUCUAUAUUAAUUCAAUUAAUACUUAUAGAACUUGUCCAAAAGUUAUUAGAAACCACAUUAAUAUUGGAUUGUUUGGGAAGGUUAGAGAUGCAGCCACAUGUUUCAAACAAGCUAUUGGAAAGAUUAUUCAAAAAAGAGAAAUUCAUGAAGAAAAUGAAUCAACUUCAGAUGACCAAAAGUCAGACGUCUUGUCAAUCUUAUUAAGAGAAAGAAAAACUAAACAGAAAGAUGAAAAUGGCUCUCUCACCAAUGAUGAACUAAUCUCUAACUCGUUUGUUCUUUUAGUUGCCGGCCAUGAGACAACUGCAAGAACUCUUGGAUUUGCAACUUUUGUGUUGGCAACUAAUGAAACAGUUCAACAACAAGUUCAUGAAUUCAUUGAUGGAUUUGUCAAGCAAAAUAAUGGAAGGGAACAUUUCGAUUAUGAUGAUUUUGCAUCUGGUAAAUUGGAUUAUCUCAGAGCUCUAUUCCGUGAAACUUUGAGAUUAUAUCCAGUGGCAUUGGGUGUUCCAAGAGAGCUCACUUCCAAUUCAUCAGAAUUUAACAAUGUUUUACUGCCAAAAGGUUCACUAGUUCUCUAUUCAUGGGCAAAUACAUUGAGAAAUGAGGAAUAUUGGAAGGAUGCCGAAACAUUUAAUCCUCUCAGAUUUUUGAAAGAUGAAGAUGAAAGAAGAAUGGGUGUUUUUGGUGCAUUGCAUAAUCCACAAACUAAUCCAUUUGUUUAUUCUGUAUUUGGAAUUGGUGGAAGAGUUUGUAUUGGAAGAUAUUUUAGUGAAGUUGAAUCAGUUAUUGCUCUUGCCUAUCUCACAAGAAAGUAUUCAUUCAAAUUGUCUGAUCCAAAUUAUAAGCUUGUAUUAAAGACAAGAGUGACACUCUCUCCACAGGACACUAUUCUCAUUGAUUAUGUUCCUAGAAAUUAG